AAUGAACGUCUGCGACAAGUCUUCGCUGAGAAAGCGAAUACGGUAGGUCCAUGGCUAGAACGUCAGUUGGAAAGUGUUUUAAGCAUCGGUAUGGGUGGACGAGGUAGUCUAGAGAACGCGAUCACUCAACUUAAGAAUAUUCAACAACAGGUUCAUUUCAGGCUGAAAUUUUGUGUCGUUCUGUUGACUGAUAUAUUUUAA